ACAAGAUGAAGUGAAGUAAAAAAAAACAUUGAAAGCGUCUGAACGUCAGAGCUUCAUCAUCUUCUUCUUCAUCAUCUUCUUCAGGAAGCCCAUACUCCUCCAACAUGUCUGAUACCCUGGUGGUCUGUGGUGUUGACGAAGAUCUGGUUGCAAAGCUGAAGGCGUUCCGUUUCCGGAAGGAGACCAAUAACGCUGCCAUCAUCAUGAAGAUUGAUAAAGAAAAGCAGCUUGUUAUUCUGGAGGAAGAGUACGAGGACAUUUCUCCUGAUGAUCUUGGGGGCGAAUUGCCGGAGAGGCAGCCAAGGUUUAUCGUCUACAGUUAUAAAUACGUACACGAUGAUGGACGCGUGUCUUAUCCCCUCUGCUUCAUCUUCUCCAGUCCAGUGGGUUGCAAGCCCGAGCAGCAGAUGAUGUACGCAGGAAGCAAACUCCAACUGGUCCAAACGGUUAAGAUGAGCAAGGUGUUUGAGAUCAGAAACACGGAGGACCUAACAGAGGAGUGGCUCAAGGAGAAACUUGGCUUCUUCGGCUAAAGUCUCCACCUCAUCCAGACGUCUGGGACGGGAGGAGGAUCGCACAACUCGUGUUCUUGGGGGGAAAACACACAACGGUUGAUGUUACGCUCCUCUUUGUCCGAGACCUGAGUUAAAUAGUGUUUGAAAAUCCUUCCUGUUGUCAGUUUUAGGCGGAGUUUGGUGGAGUUUACAGAAGAUUCAGAGUUUGUCUGAAGCGUCGAACAAUCGCAGAGAUUUUAACUAAACCUCACCCACCUGGCAGCCUGAAACUGAGAAUGCUAUUUGACGCAGGUCUGUUUUUGUCUCCCACACAAUCUCUCUCCAUGUGCCAGUUACGUGUCUGUGUUGAAUUAACGCUCCUCGCGCUCUUUUUAGUGAAAAGAAAUCCUCAUCUACACUUUCUAAGCCGAGACGUUCAUUCAGGAGAAUUUAAAGGCAUUUUAACAUAUUUUUCUAUUUCCUUUAGUCGUUCGUACUCUGAGUUUCCCCUUUUUAUCUUUAAUAAUUUGAUGGAGUCUUACGUUUUGAUUUUACUUCUGGUGUAUUUAGGGUUUACGCAAGCAGAUGGUUUAUAGCGUUCCUUUUCCUUUUGUUGUGAAAAACAAACUUCCUGCCAGAGCUUUACAACAUUCACAGCUACAGAACAACUCCUACGUUCUGUUGUCCUCAGUUGUUCCUUCAGUAUUCAUCUAAGGACAUUUAAACUUAUGAUUUAAGCAACAAACUUUCAUCGCUCCAGUCGACAGAAGUCAAUGAGAGGCAAUCCUGAGACCUCUGGUUAAUAUAUGAUGUGUUGUGACUUCUCUAGUGCACGUGAACUCGCUGACAGGGGCCCUGAAGUGAAGUGGUGCUCAUCACACUGAGUCCGUCAUCAAAACACUUCAUCUCCAAUCAAAAAGAGAAAAAACUGCGCUCUGCCUUUUUGACCUGCAUUUUGUUACGAUGACAUCACACUCCAGGAAACAAUGUUUCCUCCGAAAACAUUCCAGACUGAACCGUUCCUACAAACCGUCUCUCGUGACCACGACACACACAGCACACGGGGGGGCAUCACGUGUCUUUUGGGGAGAUUGUACGCUAACGUUGUGCAUUAUUGCGAUUACUGUUAUUUAGUGUUUAUGAAUGUUGUGCUUAUUUCGGAUGUUAAACCACUUUGAUCGCUACGUGGUGGUCGCAGCUUUGAGAAUGAUGGAUGUGACUUCUCCAAACGCCAGUUGGGCUUAAAAUUCAGCCUGGGAAGGUGAAGGACAGAAUCUGGACGAUUGACACUGUCCACACAGAACCGGGUUGGACCAAUACAUUGAUCUAUACUUUGUACCGAUCUUUAAAUUCUACAGUUACGCUUUUUGGUUGUGUUUAACCUGUAAUCUGUCAUAUUUGGGUUUUAAUUAAUCACAGGUUGAGGUUAAAAGCUCUAAUUUUUGAUUUCAGCAUAUUUCUUAAUCGAUGUGAUGGAGUAGACAGCUGUGGGAAUAAGGUGCAGGGUUUUCGAACCCCAGUAGAACAUGGGUCACUCUAUGUGGAGUUUUCUCCAACAGUCUGAAGACAUGCAGACUGGGGUUAGCUUAAUUGGAGACUCUAAAAAAAACAUAUUUGUAAAUGGUUGUUUGUCUGUGGAUGUUGGCCCUGUGUUACGCUGGGUGAACUCUGGCUCUUUCCCACCGUCACACGAUAUAGAUAAUGGAUCGAUGGAUUACACAGUUAAAAUAACUCAAAUGUGUCACUCUAUUGUAUAUUUUUUGCUAUUUUGAAGGCCCCAAAAUGUAUAAUUCUUCCCGUUUCCUGCUGAAUAUCCUCUCAAACUGCAUUCAGACUGGGGCGGCACAUUAAAAGGCUUUACCAAACUAAUACUCAUACUACUAGGAUUAGCAGCUCCUAACAGCAGUGAGCAGCACCACAUAGUUAAAAGCGGCUUAAAAUCAAAAUCUGUAAAGAAAAUGGAACUGAAUACGUAACUGAAUGGUUUUUAUGAUGGAGAAAUUACUCAUUCAGCAGAUUUCUUAAUAAAAGCUUAAUGUAUGCUCAGUGUAUUGGUCCAACCCGAAUAAAGUAAAAAUCAGCACAAAUGAAUUCUGCACGUUCCCUCGUCAGUGUCGUCUCACGUUGAGAAACGUUGCCGUCUACCAAACGGUUAAUGGAGCACUGUGGCAGAUUUAAAGCCCCAAGGCCGGAAACCACCACAUAAUGUACGAUGUCGUCCUGCUAGGUCGACCGAACCAAUGCCUUGUCUGACAUUUGUCAAAUCUAUGUCUGUUUUAAAAAAAAAACCAUGAGGCCAAAAUGUAAAACACGACAAAGACAGUUUGUUUUGUCAGAAUAUCCACGACUAUUGAAAAAGCUUUGUCGGUGACUUUCUUUUAUUAUUUUUUUUUUAACUUUCUGAUCUAUUAAGUAUGAGAUGUCGUUUUUUUGUGGGUUUUUUAAAGAUCAAACUCAAAGAUCUAAACGCACAAUAACACAGAUAUCAUGUUAAUCAUUGAGUGGUGUCAAAUGUCAGACGAUAAUCAUUUAUGAUUUACACGUCAGGCAAGGUUUCAUCCAACAGGCACAAUGGGAAAAGACUGUAACCACUUGUUUUUUCUGCCUAUGAAUAAUCUAUCAGUUUGAUAUCAUGCUGCUGUAGAGGAAUAAUAAUUCUGUUGACUGAAGUAUUACAGGCUCACUCGGAAGCAGCUUGUGUUUCACUUGAAAUGUGUACAAUGUACUGCUUUUCAACUUGAAUUAUAUAAAAACAAGUUAAGUUGUUCUGUUGUUAGGAAAAGAUUCUGAAAAAUUUGGAAAAUGUGGAGGGCUACUGUUUAAGAAGUGCAUGAUUUCAAUGUACGACCUUCUGACCUGUUCUGUUGCAUGCAUUCUUUCAGAGAGUUAAAUUAUUAACCUCAUUUGCUUUGACCGAAACAGUUGCAUCUCAAACAUCUGCUCCCAGCCUCAUUUUCUUAUCUAGAAUAUUCACACACCAACAACCCUCUUCUUCUUAAGAUUUUUAAUGAAGUGGGAAGUAACACUGGUGGCGCAUCAUAAACAACUUCCUCGAGUACAAAGUCUAUCGGAAAAAAAGAGUUCCCUCUGGUUUUGAGCCAUGUCCUGUGGAUCUAAGCUUUUCCUCCUCCAUCGUGAGCCGGUUUGAACAUAAAUGGCCUCUUGAGUCUUUUUCUGUAACCUGCAGAUGUGUUGUUGAGCUUUUGAUGUCUUCUCUUAACCGAUGCCUACUCUUCUACUUUCUUUCCAUUUUAAUAUAAAAACACCUGGACCAUGUAUGAUCAUGAUCAGCUGCAUAGCGGCAUCAGUGAUACUUGAGAUAUUUGUAUUUUCCCAUACGUUAUAAAAGUGUCUGUUGUCCCAUCGUCCAAAUAAAAUGACAGCGAUGUUAA